CGAAGAGGUUCGAAAUGUCGAAAUCCUGCAAGGGUCUCGCCGAGGAACUUGUCAAAUGUCUUAGCGAAUCGGACUGCGUUAAGGUCGAGAAGCGGACAUAUAGAGAAUGCGCGAAAGAGAAGAGUCCUUCUGUAUCGAGUGAAUGUGUGGGACUAAGAGAAACAUACUUCAAUUGCAAGAGAGGCCAGGUGGAUAUGAGAGCUCGAAUCCGUGGAAAUAAAGGCUACUAACUUGUGGAGAACUGCUUCACAAAUUCUGGAUCCAAUCACACAUAGAAUUUUGCUGGACAACCUUCACCGUUGGGCUGAUUAGUUUGUACAAGCCAUCGUUCUCGUUUGGUGAUGCAGCUUAGUUAAAAGGUUGGUUGCUCACAGUUUUGCUGACUACCUUCGUCCGUAUGAAUCUAUGAAACUAUUGAAAUUGUGAAU